CUUUACUCCUCCUACACAAACUUCAUCCUCUUCAUCCAGAAACAAACAAUUAUUCUUAUUCACGCUCUCAACCACCUCUAGAAUCUACCAGUAAGUUGGAUACAAUCAUCGAGAUCAAUAACAUCCCCCGAGCAGCAGGCUUAACUCGGAACAAAUCCAAUUUAAUAACAUCCCACGGCAUGACAGACAACACAUCACUGACGCGGGAUUGUUUAUAGAUGACAACAUGACGCUAGAAAAGCAAGACAAUUCCAGACCUCAUUCGCGACCGGUCAGCAGAACGAGACGGUUUUUCGAGACCAUGGCCAUUACAUCAGUGACCUCCAUAAUCGUCGGUACUUUAGAAGAUAUCUUUCUUGCGCCGGUGGAUUCUCGCUCAUGGCUUCAUUUGAUAUUAUAUAUCUCUUGUUACACGAUUUCCAAUUUUCUGUAUGAGAGGCUUAGGCCUGUCUAGAUGUAUAUAUAUGAAAUGUCAGAGUAUCUCCAGUACUCAUUAACGACACGGUCAAUUGCCUACGCAUAACGCAUGAGCAAUGGAGUCAUACCCAUGUGCCUAAGGCUUUCGAUGAGGGGCUUUCGGAGUCCUGGAUCUUGUUUGCCCCAGACGUCCAACAUUGGCUUGGAGGAUCUGGUCACAUUGGGCUGAUCCAAUGUGAUGUCUCGGAUGUUCUGGCCCCGACGUUACAUUUGGAUUGAUCUGCAUUCUAGGGCGACGCUAAUAUCAGCACCAUCUCCACAUGUCAGACCUCUAUACCUUCGUUCAUUGGACUGUUGAUUCGCCGGUGCAAUCCGAGAUCCUUGAUAUAAGAAAAAAUCGCGCAAUAUAGUGCGCUUUGGUGUCUUUUCAAAAGCAUCACCCUGAAUCGUGCUUUCUGUAUCAUAUCAUUUGCAGAUACUCUCUGCCAUCCGUAGCGGCGAA